AUGUAUUUUACUUACGUUGUUAGACCUGGAGAGGCUCCAGAAAGCCGAGGUCCACAAUUCGAACCCUUUUGGGAUUUCCUAAUGAAUUAUAAUCUUCGAUUUGGGUUCCUCGUUCAAUUUGCAGCAUUCUUACUUUUAUUUCUUGGUGUUUUAACUGGUGGUAAGGAUCCACUGGCACUAUUAUCAUUCUUGAAGGCGGAUCCGAAAAAUUUUGGGUCUGCUCCCUUUUCAAUGACUCUUUUAUGCCAUGCUUUGUUUUUGGCUGGAACUUUACUUAUUAUGUCAUUUAUUCAAAUGGGAGAAGACGAUGGUAGCAUUAAGCAGUGCAGAGGUUAUAGAGCAGGAACUAAAUUUCUUUUACAGGCCACUUCAUUCGGUGCGGUUUCUUGGUGUUUGUCAAUGAUUACCUUUUUGGGGGCUAGUUACCAUUUCGAUUCCCAAUGGCUUGAUGAACAAAUUGGAGACGGUUCUUCAUGGUUAAUUUACUUCAGUUCUAGACUUUUGGACUCUUUUGCUUUGGUUUUGUAUGCUGGCGGUUGCUUCUUCCUUGAAACGUACCAUUCCGAGGGUACUAAUGAGAGUUGGGGCUGGCUCUGUGGAUCAACAUUUUUGACUGCCGGAGUUUUAGAAAUAGCCUCUUUAAACUUCCUAAACACUCCAGCCUUUGUCGUCUUGGAAAGACUUUAUACCGUUGCUUUUGGUCUCUCCUUGUUCCUAAGCUCCAUGUGGGCACUUUUGUUUGAACCUGUUUCGCAUCGUUAUGACGUGAAGUUAACUCAAUCUGCUCUCAGAAACGAAUAUUAUAAAUCUAGAAAUGCUAUGGCCUACUAUGGGCCUGCUGUUCUUGAUCAGAACGGCAACAUUGACCUGGCUGCCGCCACUGACCAGGUCCAUCAGGCUUUUAACCGACAAAUGUCCCAAAACUAA